GGGGCGAGUGUGGUCCUGGGCGAGGCGCUGACGCCGGCGGAAGUGUUUACACCCCACGAUAACACUCUUGCCUGCCUCCUCCUCCUCCAGCCUCAGCCUUCAACCCUCCCAUAAUGACAGGCAGGCUGCCUCCGUGCAUCGUCGAUGUCGGCACAGGGUAUACUAAAUUGGGGUUUGCUGGGAACCAUGAACCCCAGAUGAUUAUUCCCUCGGCAGUGGCCAUCAAGGAGACGGCCAAGGUUGGGGAACAGUCCCAACGCAGACUAUGUAAGGGCGUUGAAGAUUUAGACUUCUUCAUUGGCGAUGAAGCUAUGGAUGCUACUGGAUAUGCUGUUAAAUAUCCAGUACGGCAUGGCAUUGUGGAGGACUGGGAUCUUAUGGAGAAGUUCAUGGAGCAGUGUAUAUUCAAAUAUCUCCGAGCUGAACCUGAGGAUCACUACUUCCUGUUGACAGAACCUCCACUCAACACUCCAGAGAAUCGCGAGUACACGGCAGAAAUCAUGUUCGAGUCUUUCAACGUGCCAGGUCUGUAUAUUGCGGUGCAGGCAGUGCUCUCGUUGGCAGCUUCCUGGGCAUCCCGUCAAGCGACGGAGCGCUCUCUAACUGGAACUGUGAUCGACUCGGGCGAUGGUGUUACUCAUGUUAUACCAGUGGCUGAUGGGUACGUCAUUGGAAGCUGCAUCAAACACAUUCCGAUUGCCGGCCGAGACAUCACAUACUUUGUGCAGAGCUUGUUGAGAGAGAGGGAACCAAAUAUUCCACCACAGUUGAGUAUGGAGACUGCUAAGGCUGUGAAAGAGAAGUUCAGCUACAUCUGCCCAGAUAUUGCAAAAGAAUUCAAUAAGUACGAUAGUGACCAGUCAAAAUGGAUUAAGAGAUACGAAGGAAAGAAUCCGGUGAACAACCAGACCUUUGGUAUUGAUAUUGGCUAUGAGCGCUUCCUGGGACCCGAGAUCUUCUUUCAUCCAGAGUUUGCUAACCCUGACUUCACUGUUCCAAUCAGUGAAGUUGUAGAUAAUGUGAUCCAGAACUGCCCCAUCGAUGUCCGUCGUCCUCUAUAUAAGAAUAUCGUUUUGUCUGGUGGAUCAACCAUGUUUAAAGACUUCGAUCGCCGUCUACAGAGGGAUGUGAAGCGUAUUGUUGAUGCUAGACUACGAAUCACAGAACAACUCAGUGGUGGUCGCAUUAAGCCCAAGCCCAUUGAUGUAAAUGUUAUUGCGCACAAAAUGCAGCGUUAUGCAGUUUGGUUUGGUGGCUCUAUGCUUGCAUCAACUCCUGACUUCUACCAGGUGUGUCACACAAAAGCAGAGUACGAGGAGAAGGGGCCGAGCAUCUGCAGACACAACCCAGUAUUUGGAGCCAUGGCAUAAUCAACGAUGAAAUUGACUUAAAGUCAAGUAUAUGAGAAAUGGUUUGUUGGGAGAGUAAUCCUUGUGUCAUUAAGGAUCACUUGGGUUAAUCUGGCCUUGCUGUUGAUGUGUUGUAAACUUGCGAGCAUUUGAGAGAUUGUUGGAAUGAAUGUAGUGAAGUAUGUGCCAUUGUAGUGAAACUCGUUUACAUUUUGAGUCAUUUUUUUCUGUGUGUACAGUGCAGUUUAUCUAUUCCCAUAUCUUUUGAAGAUUCAUUUUCUUUGUUUCCAGAAAGUAUGAGUUCCUUGCUUAUUCUUAUUUAAAAUAGUAUUUAAUACUAAAAUAGUUCUUCAGUCAUGUGUUGAAUGAGGCUUUAUUUACGUACCAUAUUUAGUAUGUUUCUUUUCCAUUACUUAAAUUUCUUGUCAAAUAAGAAGAUAAUUUGGUCAUUGCUUUAAUACUAUUAAAAAUAGUUCUUCUUGUGGCAAGGAAUUAUGGCCUAGCAAAUACAAAAGCUUUGCAUUGAAAAAAAUAUUGAUUUUCAGGUAUGUUUUAAGUGAAAGCUAAAUAUUAGUUCAUUUUUAUAUUCUUACCAUUGUCAUUAUCAGUGUACAUAAAUUCACAAAGGGUUGUUAAAUGUACAAAAAAUAAUUCAUUGCAAUGUUCUUUUAUCCUUUAGUUUACUUAUUAAUCCCAUGUAAAUAAACUUAUUUUAAUUUGUGAUUCUGGUGUAUGAAAUGCCAGAUUUCAUUAAUUAUACUGUAAAAUGAUUUGACCUAUAAGGCUUUUUAAAGUAGACCUCAUAGACUUAUGAGGAACCCAUGAUGGCAUGAACGUUUGAUCAUCAUGAGGGUAAUGUUUGGCUAAAGAAUAAUUACUUGAAAAGAUUUAUGGUUUUUAUGCAAUUUUGUGGGAAUCUGAUCUUGUAGGUUUACAGUCCUAUUUUACACUAUGGUGAUUUGGUUAUCAAUAGUGACGUUUUCCUAUGUAAAUCCCAAAGAUUUUUAUAUAUUGCCAACCUGCCUGGUGCUGCAGUUUGUUGUUACUUAAUUGUAGUGUAUCAGACUGGCUUGCACAGUGACGUAGUUGUUUAAAUCAUGAGUAUAAUACACAGUUAAUAUAUAUUUAGAUUUAAGACUUGCAUUUCAUAAAGCCUUGGCACUAAUGUGAAGAUGUUUUGCCAAAUGAACUAUCAUUUACCUUGUAUAUAUUUGUUUUCUUAAAAGGAAUUUUCUUUCUUUGGGGUGAAGUAAGUUUUAUAAUUUACAAUGGAGUUAAUAUGCGCAAUAUUCAUAAUAAGGUGGAAAACAAUUAUUUUCCAAUUACUGUAUUGGACAUUUGUCAUGCAAUGCUUGAUCUAAAAUUCCUUUUUAACACUUGUUUGUAAUAGCAGUGAAUUGCAUUCAAUAACCCAAAAUUGUGAUUUAUUUCCAAAUGUUGCUGUGAUUAUUUGUAUGUAAUUGUUAAAAAUAAAUCAUUUGCAGAUA